GUGAAUAGUAGGGCAAAGCCAAUAUCAGUGAACAAUAUAUUGAUAUAUUCUUGAAACUUUGCUUAGGGAAAAAAGAGUGCAAAAUAAUAAUCAAGUAAUUGAAAUCAAACAUAAUAUUAAAAAUGGUCAAAUUUAUUAAAUCAGGCAAAGUUGCUAUUAUUACUCGUGGUCGUUAUGCCGGUAAAAAAGUCGUAAUUGUUAGACAAUACGACGAUGGCUCAAAGGCUCAUCAAUUCCCUCAUGCUAUUGUUGCUGGUAUUGAAAGAUACCCAUUAAAGGUAACCAAGUCUAUGGGUUCUAAAAAAGUUGCUAAAAGAUCAAAAAUUAAACCAUUUAUCAAAGCUAUAAACUAUAACCAUCUCAUGCCAACUCGUUAUACUUUAGACGUUGAAAACUUCAAAUCUAAUCUCACCACUGAAACUUUCACUGAGCCUUCGAAAAAAGAAGAAGCCAAAAAAGUCGUCAAAAAAGUAUUUGAAGAAAGAUACCAAACUGGUAAAAAUAAAUGGUUUUUCGUUAAAUUGGCCUUUUAAUUUACUCUUUUUUUUGAAAAAAUUGUUUUAUAUGUAUUCUAUAAAUUUUAAUUCAAUUAUUUCAUAAAAUUUCUUAAAAAAAUAAUCUAAAAUUUAUUUAUAACAAAUUCCUUUUAUCACAUUAUAUUAUAUGUCAUAACACUAAUAUGACUAGAAUAUAAAACUGAGCACAAAUAUGAUAUAAUAUGAUAUGAUAUAUUUUGAUAUAUUUUGAUAUCCCUUCUCUUUCUUUUUUUUUUCUUUUUAUUUUAAAGCCUGUCAUUUGACAUUUGUAGAAAUUAUACUAAAUUAUUACAUUGAAGCUCCAAGGAUCUUUUUUUUAAAAAUUAAUUUUAUUGCUUAUUAAUUUAUAUUGAAC